AAAAAAUAAUAAAAUUAGGCAUAAAUAAGAAAAGCAGAAAAUACAGUGAAACGGGUAGAGGGAUGGCGUCGACGGUGGUGAAGGGAGCUUUGAAGGCGAUCAGAGAGAAAGGGUUCGGCACCUUUCUGCGAGAGCUCAGGGAAGAAGGCUACACGAAGUGCCUUUUGGAUGGAAAUUUGUUGCAAACGAAAAUCCACAACAUAGGGGCAACACUUGUGGGGGUGGACAAAUUUGGCAAUAAGUAUUAUGAGAGACUUGAAGACACACAAUUUGGAAGGCACCGAUGGGUUGAAUAUGUAGAAAAGGGUCGCUAUAAUGCUUCUCAGGUGCCACCAGAAUGGCAUGGUUGGCUUCAUUUCAUAACUGAUCACACAGGGGAUGAGCUCCUGAUGCUAAGACCUAAGAGGUACGGGGUUGAGCACAAGGAGAAUCUCUCUGGAGAAGGUGAGGAGUAUAUAUACCAUUCCAAAGGACAUGCUCUCAAUCCUGAUCAGAAGGACUGGACCAGGUAUCAACCUUGGCAACCCACUAAGUCAGAGUAAUUCUUUGGGGCCACCAACAUCCUGUAAACUUGGAAAUUAUGGCAAUUUGAAUCUAUUGAAAUGAAUAAAGCAUUUGCUUAUUUGAGGCUGUAAAACUUUUGUUCCUGGAGGACUUUGAAUGUCAACUUCAUAUGUUUGGUGAAACUUAUUUUCUCAA